AUGCACCCGGAGGCCGCCGAACCGGCGGAGGAUGGGCCGGCGGAGCCCGCUUGCGCGCCAGAGCUCGGCGUGGAGGAGUCCGCGGGCGACCACCCUGACGCGGGCCAAGGGGUCCGCAAGGAAGAAAUUAGCGAUCCUAAGGAAAUAUGUGUGGGUUCUUCUGACACACCCUACCAAAGCCAGCAGCAACAGAGUGGUGACAGUGGAUCAGAUAGUCACUUAGCCCACCCAAGAGAUGACAGGGAAGAUCGAGGCCCCAGAAUGACUAAACAGUUCCUGCAAAAACUCUGCAAGCAGCACAAGCUUUACAUUACCCCUGCACUGAAUGAUACGCUGUACUUACACUUUAAAGGCUUUGACCGCAUUGAGAACCUGGAGGAGUACACGGGCCUACGCUGCCUCUGGCUGGAGUGUAAUGGGAUACAGAAGAUCGAGAACCUGGAGGCACAGACAGAGUUGCGCUGCCUCUUCCUGCAGGUGAACUUGCUUCAUAAAAUCGAGAACCUGGAGCCUCUGCAGAAGCUGGAUGCACUCAACCUCAGCAACAAUUACAUCAAGACCAUUGAGAACCUCUCCUGCCUCCCAGUCCUGAACACACUGCAGAUGGCGCACAACCACCUGGAGACUGUGGAAGACAUCCAACACCUCAGGGAGUGCACCAAACUUUGCGUCCUUGACCUUUCCCACAACAGGCUGGGUGACCCGGAGAUCCUGAGCGUCCUCGAGAGCAUGCCCAAUUUGCGUGUGUUGAACUUGAUGGGAAACUCAGUGAUUAAGCACGUCCCUAAUUACCGAAGGACUGUCAUCGUUCGACUGAAGCACUUGACAUACCUGGAUGACAGACCAGUUUUUCCAAAGGACAGGGCAUGUGCAGAGGCCUGGGCCCUGGGCGGGUACGCGGCUGAGAAAGAGGAAAGGCAGCAGUGGGAAAUCAGGGAGCAGAAGAAGAUCACCGACAGCCUGGAGGCCUUGGCCAUGAUCAAGAGGCGGGCGGAGGAGCAGAGAAGAGAGAAGGAAGCUCAGGAGCAAGGGGAGAACCCACCUCCAGACAGUAUGGAUGGGCAGGAAGAGGCUCCUUUGUGUGAGGAAACACAGCAGAAGAUGAAGUUGUUUGUUAAGGAAAGCUUUGAGGUCAAGGACGAGCUGUUUCCUCAAAAGUGUGGUGCAGAAGAGGAGCUGCCUGCAGAAGCAGAGACAGAAGAUCAGGAGCCAGCAGGGAGCCUGCCAGGAGCUGUGCCCCCAGGUAAUGCAGCUGACCACAUGCAGAUGCGGGCCUGUGCCUCAGGGGAGGCUGUGCAGUGCAGGCUGCUGGCAGGUUCCCCAUCCUUGGAUGGGGUUGUGACGCUGGCUUCUUCUCAGCUCCGGAAGUCAACGUUCCAGGUGGUGGCUGCUGAGGAUGUAUUAGUUUUGGAACCUGAAGUGACUGGACCUGAAGAUGUAGACGCUGUGACCCUGGAGACCAAGGAGAAGCUUUUCAUCUGUGACCUGCCUGACUUGGAAGAUGUCGAUGGUACAGAUGUGUCUCUGGAAGACCAGGUGAAGGAAACAUGCUUUCCAAAGAUCCAGGCCAUUUCCUGCUUAAGUGACGACAGUGACCCUGAACUGGAUCACAUUCACUCAGGUGCCCUCUCACAUAUAUUCGCCAUCUCUAAGGACCCCUCAAAAAAGGCCAGAACUCCUUUCACAGACAUAUUUAAGGAAGAAGAAACAAGGAACUUGGAGACCCAAACUGAGGAUAUCACUUCCCUGCAACCACUCAUUCAGGAGCUCAGCGACCGCAAGCUCUCAGGCCAACUACCCAUGCCCCCCAUCUGCAGAACAGACCCUGCACCCACCCCUUCUGGAGAGGAUAAGGAUGGCCACGCACCUGUAGCCUCUCCAUCGGGUAACACACCUGUUCUGCAGAGUCCAAAGCUUUGUGGGGAAAUGCACUGUAGACCAGCUAGCUCUGGGACAGGAUGGGGCAGAGGGAGUGUUUUGAUGACAGACUGUGAGGUCAUUUGUAGAUCACAUUCCAAGUUUAAGACUCUUGAGGCCAGCUGUCCUGUUCUUGUCAACUGAGUUUGGC